AAAGUAUCUAUUUCUAUUUAAAGAAAAGGAUGGGGUCUAAGCUGUGCAAGAAUACAAGUAGUCGGCUGAGACUGCAAAUGGAGCCACCCAGUGAUGGCUCUCACCAGGUUUGCGUCACAGUGGAAAGUCUGGAUGAAAAGGGAAACACAGUGAAGGGUCCAUAUGCUGUUACAAUACAUGUGGAGGAUAUCAAUGACAACCCACCAGAAUUUGAUCAGGCAAAGUACACUGGAGUAGUGAGGCAGAACUCCCGUCCAGGCAAGCCGUUCAUGUACAUCCACGCCACUGACCGCGAUGAUCCUACAACUCCCCAUGCGCAGCUGACAUACAGCAUUCUCCAUCAUUUUCCCAACCCUUAUACAGAAAUGCUUUUCCAGAUUGAUAAUAUAACUGGAGCAAUCUCACCGAGUAAAAUGGGCUCUCAUUACUUAGAUCCUCAAAAGCAGGACACCUUCACGCUCGUUGUCACCGUGAAGGACAUGGCAGGGAUGACAAUGAACGCUUUCACCAGCAGUGCUGAUGUGAUCAUCACUGUAAAGGAGAGCCUGUGGAAAGCUCCUGCCACCAUCCGCAUCCAAGAAAACUCAACCCAGGUCCACCCUGUCAACAUCAGCCAGGUGCAUUCAAAUGAGCCAGAUGUAAUUUAUGACCUUUUUGAAAAAGAAAAGCUGCCCAGGUUCCCAUUUUCCAUCGAUCAGAACGGGGUUAUUUAUGUGACUGAACCAUUGGACAGGGAAGAAAAGGAUACCUAUACUUUCUUUGUGGUCACAAAAGAUAAGGAGGGAGAACUGGUGGACAAACCUCUGCACAUUCAUGUUAUUGUGGAAGACAUUAAUGACAAUCCCCCUGUGUGCAAGCAGGCUGUCACUGUAAUUGAAGUUCAAGAAAAUGAAGGGGGAGGAAGUAAUAUUGGCACCCUGUUUGCUACGGACAUGGAUGAGGAGGACACCCUUAACUCUCGUCUGCAGUUCAAAAUCCAAAGUCAGGUUCCUGCUGUUCCUGCAAGUAAUCUGUUCUUUAUUCAACAAGACACUGGGAUUUUGCAGUUAACUAGCCAUUCGUUAAACAAGCGCAUUGCAUCCAACUAUUCCUUGAAGGUGCUGGUGACGGAUGCAGUAUUCCAGACAAUAUGUGAUGUGCAAAUACAUGUCAUUGACAUCAAUGAUCAGAUUCCCAUCUUUGAAAAAUCAGAUUAUCACAAUGUGACUGUUGCAGAAAAUCUUCCAGUAGGAACAGUGAUAUUAGAAAUUCAAGCUACUGAUGGAGAUGAGCCUGCCACAGGGAGCUCCUACAUCAUUUACCAAGUGAAGGAAGGAGAUCCAGACAACACGUUCAUCAUAGAGACAGAUAUUGAAACCAACCGAGGGUUCGUCAAGAUUAACAAGGCUCUUGAUUUUGAAACAGCUCCGGUGUACAACCUGGUGAUCAAUGCCACAAACCCUGAACCGUUGGUGCCAGGCGUGCAGUACAACUCAAGCUCCCUUACCUUGUUUAAAGUUUUCGUAACAAAUGUGGAUGAGCCACCUGUUUUCCACAAGACAGUUUAUAAAGGAGAAGUGUCUGAAGACAUUCCUGUCAAUACCCUGGUCAUGAUGGUGGAGGCCUAUGAUCCUGAGGGGGAUACUGUACGAUACUCCCUAGAAGGUGACAUGAGGAAAUGGCUGAGGAUUGAUUCAAUCACUGGGCAGAUACACACUGCUUCCACUUUGGAUCGAGAACAGCAAGAAAUGUACACGGUUGAUGUUGUUGCAUCAGAACUAAAAAAUGCAGCUCAGAAAUCCAAAGCAACCUUGAUACUACACCUAAUUGAUGUGAAUGACAACCCUCCACAGUUAGCUAUGGAUUAUCCUCCUUUCUUCUGCCACCCACUCAGUGGAGGAGAGAAGGCUUUAAUUCAAGCUACUGAUGCUGACGAACAGUUGUAUUAUUCAACAUUUUCUUUUUCUCUCGUGGAUUAUAUGAAUACAAGAAAUAACUGGGAAAUCUCAAAAGUCAAUGCUACUCAUGCUUACCUCUCUCCGAAACAUGCUAACUUUGAAGAGAAGGUGUAUAAUGUUCCAGUAAUAAUUAAUGACAAUGGAAAACCACCUUUGGAAAGAAAAGUGAAUCUUGAAGUAAACAUCUGCAAGUGUUCAAGUGAAAUGUCGUGCUUUAUUGAAGUACAGCGUGAGCACUUCUGGCCAACCACCAGCCAGGCAAUUGGGAUUCUUAUUGGGGUCCUGCUUAUCAUUG